AAACAGCUAACUGUUGUGAAGCUAAAGUCUAGUGUUUAGUCUCAGUUUAAUAACACAAAGUAAAAGUUCAAAUUUGGAACUGAAAACAAAAUGAUACAAAUUAAACACAUUCGCAGUGGCAAAACGCUGAAAAUCAAUACAUUUUGGCUACGUGAUCAUUGUCGCUGCAGCGAUUGCUACAACACAGAGACAAAACAACGCAAAUACAAUCUGCUGGACAUACCGAAAACCGUGAAACCGACAAGAGCUGAAUACAUCAAGGAAGGACUGCAAUAUGAAGUGCACUGGAGUGAUGGCCACUCGUCCAUUUAUGACAUCGAUUUUCUGCACGACGCGCAAGUUGAACAUAUCGUGGCGCACGCCGAGGACUCUACUGUGCGCGUACCAUGGAAUCAGCCGUUUAUUGUCGCACACGAAGCGCACUUGCGCACCACACUCGCCGAGCUGGUGAGCUCCGAAGAGGCAGUGCAAAAAAUUGUACAAAGUCUGAUACGUUACGGCAUCGCUUUCAUUGAUGGCGUACCGCCGAACACCACAAUGACCGAAAUGGCGGUGCGACGCAUCUUUCCGCCGAUGAAAACAUUUUUCGGCGAAAUGUACACCUUCUCCGAUGUACAGGAUCACGCUGAUACCGCCUACACCAAACAAUACCUCGGUCUACACACGGACAACACGUAUUUCUGCGAUGCUGCGGGCCUGCAAUCGUUGCAUUGCAUACGACAUGUUAACGGCACGGGGGGUGAGAAUUUCUUUGCGGACGGUUUGCAUGCAGCGCGUGAAUUGAGACAUCGCAAUCCGCGCGCCUUUGAAAUACUCACGCGUGUGGCCGUGCCGGCGGAGUAUAUUGAGGAUGGACAAUAUCAUAAACAUUCUGCGCCGAUUAUACGCGUGGAUCCGGUGAGUGGUGAAAUAGUGCAGCUACGCUUGAAUGUCUACGAUCGCGCACAAUUCGAUAGCAUACCACAAGACCAAAUGCAAGAUUUCUACGAUAGUUUCCGUGAAUAUUUGGAGAUUGUGCAACGCAUCGAGAAUCAAUGGACUUUCAAAUUACAUCCUGGCACUGUGUUGAUUUUCGAUAACUGGCGUGUGUUUCACGGUCGACACGCGUACACGGGUCAACGCACCAUGACUGGUUGUUAUGUACAGCGGACGGACUUUUUGAGCAAGGCGCGCGUACUGGGCAUCAUCGAUUGAGUGGAAAUUAUGUAAUAAGGCUGGAGAUAUUUACAUGCAUAUGACUGGUGAUAGUUUAUAUGAUGAUUAAUGAAAUAUAUUGAGAUUAUUUUUGGAA